AUGUCCGGUUAUGCAAAAAUGAUGAAGGACUUGAUGUCUCGUAAGUUCGACUUCCAAGACUUGGAAACUGUCACGUUGACAAAAACUUGUAGUGUUGUUAUGUCAAGACCUAUAGCUGAGAAGUUAUCUGACCUUGGAAGCUUCACAAUUCCAUGCACCAUAGGUAGCUAUGCAUUUGCCAAAGCAUUGUGUGAUUUGGGAGCAAGUAUAAAUCUGAUGCCAUUGUCUAUCUAUAAAAAGUUAGGCAUUGGAAGAGCACGGCCCACAUCCAUGUUACUGCAGCUAGCUGACCGGACGAUGAAAAGACCAUCAGGUAUACUUGACGAUGUACUUGUGAAAGUUGGAAAUUUCGUGUUUCCAACAGAUUUUGUCAUUUUGGACUGCAAGGUAGAUGAGGAGAUUUCCAUAAUUUUAGGAAGGCCGUUCUUAGCCAUAGGGGAGAGCUCUGAUUGA